AUGAGAAGUUCUCAGAGUCUAACCCCUGUCCUGCAGGCCAAUGUGGUCCUCUAUAGCAAACUCAUCUCGUCACUCACUGCCGUCGACUGGAAGGCAGCUCUCCAAAGCUGGGAAAAUUUACUUCUCGCCGGACUUCAGAGCGACACGGUCGUGUGUGGCGCGGUAACAAACGCAAGUCGGCGCGGUCCAUGGCAGCUGGCCAUUCUUCUACAUGGCAUGUCAUCUCGUCAGGUUCGUGUGAACGAGGUGACUUUUGGCGCGGCUGUUACCGCGUGUGACCAGCCAGGAUGGCCUUCGGGUCUUGAGAUUCUGCGAGAUUUGAGCAGCAAGAAGGUCCGAUCCAACCAGCUGAUUACCAGCAGUGUCAUUACAGGUAGCAGACGCAACUGGACGCUCGUGCUCCAGCUGUGGUCUCUGCUGCAGCGCGAUGCUACUCCUGAUCAAUUUUGCUUGUGUUCCACCACAAGUUCUUUGCAAGCGACGGACCAAUGGCGACGAGCAUUCUUCCUGUUGACCAAAGCUCGGGUCACAUUGAUUGAACUUGGAGUGUUCUGCUUCAAUAGCGCAAUGAGCUGUGCAGAGCUGUCGGCCUGGCCAUCUACGUUGGGGCUGCUAGCUGAAUUGCAGCUUCGAAGACUGACCAAUACCGUGAGCUACAACUGUGGAAUUACUUCGCUACCAGACGCAAGCCAUUGGAAGGCUGCUUUUGGCCUGUGCAGGCAUAUUCGGGAAGCGGGUCUUUGGGAAAAUGAAGCAACCUACGUGCUCGCUUGUGGUUCCUGCGGGCCACUCUGGCAAAGUGCGUUGGCCUUCGUGUCGACCGAGAAAGGCACAACGCGAAGCUUGAGUUCGGUACUGAAGGCCUGCGAGAUGGCCGCGGAAUGGACCCAAGCUCUAAGGAUGCUCGAUUCCUUUGACAAAUAUGGUAUUUCCACGACGCAGGUCACAAUCAACACAGCAGUGAGUGCAUGUCAAGAGCACUCCGUGUGGCCACGGGCUCUGCAUUUGUUGUGCACUUGCUCUCAAAAUGAGGCGGCAGAUGUCGUUACUUGGAGUGCAACACAGGCGGCAUGUAGACUGCAGUGGACUAUGGCCACGCUGCUCAUGACAAGGAUGGGAGAUCAUGCAGUGCGUGCUGGAGCAUUGAGUUACGAUGCAGCCGUUGCUUCCUGGACACAUGGAAGCCACUGGCACAUGGCCCAUAUCCUUCUUCGCAGGAUGACAUCCAGGAGAGUGACAGUCUUGCCAGCCACGGCUUAUGCUGGAGUUCGCGCAGCAGAGCUGGCCAACGCUCAAGCUCCGCCAUGGUUUUUAAGUCUACAUGCUCACAGUUGA